AUGCCAAUGCCAAUUCAAUGCUUCUUUUAUGCCCUCUCUGAUGGUAACACAUCAAAAGAUCGCGCAAAUCAUUAUUAUGUUAAAUUUACUUCUUCAUCAUUCCAUUCAUCUGUUGACCAUAUUGAUGCCCAACAUGCCAAUUUCCAUAAAGAGAUAAAUAAACUGGGGAUCAAUGUUAUAAUUAAAGACGUGUUCAAACGAUAUGCUAACGGAAUUAGCAUAGAGACCGAUGAACGCCAUGUAAAACGAAUUGCCAAAAUUGAACAUGUUGAAAGUGUUGAUGUGGUGAAAAUUCAUAAACGAAUAAAUCCAAAUAAAAAUGAUUUGAAUAAACGUGCCGAAAAUUAUACGAUCCUACUUGCCCCUAAUAGCGAUAUCAAUUCUGCUCAUAAAAUGACUGGCGUUAAAAGAGUUCACGAAGAAUUGAGACUUUCGGGAAAAGGCAUUAAAGUUGGAAUCAUUGAUUCCGGCAUUGACUAUACACAUCCAGCACUUGGAGGAUGUUAUGGACCAGGAUGUAGAGUAGCAUUUGGGUAUAACUUUAUUGAUGAUAAUGAUGACCCAUAUGAUAAUUGUGAUGGACAUGGAACUCACGUAGCAGCAAUUGUUGGAAGUGAUCUAAGGGGUAAAAAUCCUGGAUUUGUUGGUGUAGCACCUGAUGUUACUUUUGGAGCAUAUAAAGUACUUCCUUGUAAAAAUCGUGAAAAUGAACACCAAGCUAACGAUAUUACGAUAAUGAAAGCUGUUUUAAAGGCUGUUGAUGAUGGAAUGGACGUCAUAAACAUGUCUUUAGGAGGGUUCGGUGACACAAAAAAUGUUAUGGUAAUGUUGAUCAAUGAUUUAGCCAAAUAUAAAGGAAUAAUAUUCGUGGCAGCAAUAGGCAAUGAUGGCAGAAACGGUUUAUUUUCUAAUUUAAUUCCGGCUAUUGCUCAACAUGUUAUUGGAGUUUGUUCAUUUGAAACAAAUGAAGUUAUAAAUUUUAAAGCUUUUGAUUCUAAGAAUCCAAAGUUUGUUAUUAAUUACAUUACUAAAAAUGUAUCGCCAUUUCCUUUCAAAAAAGCAAAAAUUAAAUUGCUUCCAAAUAAAUGCUUGAAUGAUUACAAAAAAUUUAAGAAUUCAAUAAUUAUCCAAGAUAAUAGAGUUAAAAACGAAUGCCCAAAGGCCAAAGAUAUUCUUGAUAAAAUGAAGAUUCUCGGGAAAUUUAUUAUCAUUAAUAAAUAUAAUCUUGGAGCUUUUCCAGUCCCCCCUACAGCGCUUCUUAAUGCAAAAGAAGCCGAUAUAUUGAUUCAAUAUCUCGAAAAAAAUCCAAAUUUAGAAUUAGAUUUUUCUGAUAAAUAUGGAUAUACGGAACCCCAUCCAUUUGCCGAAACUCCUUCCGUAUUUUCAGGUUGGGGUUUAACUGAUGAGUUAGAUAUCAAGCCUGAAAUUUGUGGACCGGGAAGUUCAAUAUUUUCAGCAACUCCGGUUAAUAUUUCGCCUUAUAAUUUGAACUCUGGAACAAGUAUGGCUUCACCGUAUAUAGCAGGAAUAGCGGCAUUAUAUACUGAAGUAUUUAAAGAAUUUAGAAAUCAAAAUCAACAACAGUUUCCCGAACAACUAAAAACUGCAUUGAUGAAUUAUGCUAUUCCUCGUAAGGAACGUAAUAAUUUAUUAGCUUCGGUACUUCAUCAAGGUGCAGGUCUAGUCGAUGCUUUUAAUAUGUUGAAAGCAACCAGCUUUGCCUAUCCGUCAAAAAUUAAUUUGAAUGACACGGUUCAUUUUAAUGGAAAUCACAAGUUAACUAUUUAUAAUGCAGACAGAAAAGAGAUGAAAUAUAAAUUAUCCCAUUUACCAGCUCCAAGCGUCAAUGGAUAUAAUAAAACUUUCGUAAGAGACUAUUAUCAUUUGGAGUACUUUACACGACAAAGUGCUAGUGUUAAAUUUGAUAACGAUCAAAUUGCCGUACCACCCGGUUCAAGUGUUGAAGUUUCUGUAACUUUUAUGUUACCAAAAGGACUACCCAAGGAUAAACAUUAUUUUUAUAGUGGAUGGUUAGAGAUAAUUCCUUUAGAUGAGAACAAGCCUAAAUUGACCGUUCCUUAUGCCGAUGAUGCAAGAUCGCUUCCAAUAUUUCAGACGCCUAAAUUUCCUGCACUUGCAAAUUCGAAUAAUUCUAUUAUCACAAAGGAGGAUCCAGUUAAAACGUUCACCUUAAAACUUCUUAAUAUUACUAUUGGAUUAUAUGAUUAUCCAUAUAUACAUCUUAAUUUAUCAACUCCGACACGUAUGCUUAUUUCUGAAGUACUUGAUGUUAAUCAUAAUCUUUUAUUAUCAUCUAAAUCUCGUACAUAUAUUCCAAAAGACACAUUAAAAUAUCCAAUAAAACUUUCAUGGGAUGGAUUUAGUCAAGGCGAACUCAUUUCCAAAGGUGAAUAUUUUUUUAAGCUUAAAGCAUUGAAAAUGUUUGGUAAUAUUAACGACGAGAAGGAUUAUGAAGUUUGG